UGAGGCGCCCUGGCUCUCCUGAGCCGCUGGUACUGCUGGUGAAAAGAUGGGAAAAUCUGAUAGACAUUUAUCGAGGAAUUAACGUAAAAUGAACGAUUUUUGCAGCUGACUUAUUUUUGACAGAGGAUCCACUAUUAGCAAGGAUUUGGCUUCUACCAGACAACGACAAAGAUUGAUGUCCUCAUUUGUAACAGUGGAUAGCUUAUCUUUGAGGUCUGUUAGCAUCAGCAACCCCUGAGAGUGGAGUGUUUCAGACCUCUGUUGUAUCAUGAACAUUGUGCUCACCAGUUUAAGCUGGAUCUCUAACACUAGUGAAAUUCACAACCUCACAAUCUGCGACGAUAUAACCAGAUACUAAGGGUUGUUCUUCAGAUUUGGUAGUGCCUCCCUUCUAUUUAGUCAAAAAUGUAUGGUAGUGCUCGCUCUGUUGGCAGAGGGGAUACAAACCAUAGCGGAGGAAGAGAUGGAAGUGGUACUGGUAAUCAGGGAUCUGGCCGUUCCCCUCGGCUCCCCCGUUCUCCUCGGAUGGGGCACCGGCGUACCAACAGCACUGGAGGCAGUGGGGGAGGUCCUGGAGGAGCAGGAGGCAAGACCCUUUCAAUGGAGAACAUCCAGUCCCUCAAUGCUGCGUAUGCCACCUCAGGACCAAUGUACCUGAGUGACAAUGAGGUCGCCAUGGGAGGUGACCACCUUCCCAAAACUGGUGGCACAGUGACCACCAUGGGGAGACAGAGGGUGACUUAUGGGUCGAGAGGUAGCAGCAGUGGAGUUGUAGCAGCAAGUACUCCUAAUAUCUCCACCACAGUGCCUGCCAAUGCUGUGCUACCAGCAGGCAUGAUGGCUGGAGAUGCCCUAGCUUUUGGAGAUCACCACAUGGCCUCCACAGUGCCCCAUUCUCUAAGGCAGGCAAGGGACAAUACCAUACUUGACCUGCAGGCCCAACUCAAAGAGGUUCUGCGGGAGAAUGAGAUGCUGCGGCGAGAAGUGGAAGUUAAGGAAAGCAAACUCAGCUCCUCCAUGAACUCUAUUAAGACCUUCUGGAGUCCAGAAUUAAAAAAGGAGCGAGCUCUCAGGAAAGAUGAGGCAUCCAAGAUCGCCGUCUGGAAGGAACAGUAUCGUGUUAUUCAAGAUGAAGCACAGCAUCUCCAGAUGACUGUUCAGGCUCUCCAAGAUGAGCUAAGGAUCCAGAGGGACCUGAACCAGCUGCUCCAGCAAGAUCCUGCUAGUCAAGGAAGGGACCUGGCCCUGACAUCUGAACCUACAGAGGAGAACUACCGACGGCUACAGGGUGAGCAUGAGAGGCAGGCCAAGGAGCUCUUCCUUCUUCGGAAGACCCUGGAGGAGAUGGAGCUGAGGAUUGACACACAGAAGCAGACCCUGGCAGCCAGAGAUGAGUCCAUCAAGAAACUACUGGAAAUGCUGCAGAGCAAAGGACCAUCUGCCAAGGCAUCAGAGGAGGACCAGGAGAGGACAAGGAGACUGGCUGAUGCAGAAAUGCACAGGCAUCACCUUGAGAGUUUGCUGGACCAGAGAGACAGGGAGAUCACUGCUCUGAGAGAGCAGGAGCUGCACCGUCGGUACGAAGGAACUCCAGAGUCCACCAAAACUAAGGCCCUACAAACUGUCAUUGACAUGAAGGAUGCAAAAAUCAACUCAAUGGAGCGGAGCCUCAGGGACAUGGAGGAGGAGCUGCUAAUGCUGAAAUCGAAUGGACUUCUGAGCUGUGAAGAGCGUCAAGAAGAGAUGAAGCAGAUGGAGGUUUACCGCAGUCACACCAAGUUCAUGAAGAACAAGAUGGAGCAGGUGAAGCAGGACCUCUCCAGGAAGGACACCGAGCUGCUCGGUUUGCAGACAAAACUGGAGACGCUUACCAACCAGUUCUCAGAUAGCAAGCAACACAUUGAAGUCCUCAAGGAAUCCCUCACUGCCAAAGAGCAGCGGGCUGCCAUCUUACAGACGGAGGUGGAUGCCUUGCGCCUGCGUUUGGAAGAGAAGGAAGCAACUUUGAAUAAAAAGAGCAAGCAGAUACAAGAAAUGUCAGAGGAGAAGGGAACCCUCAAUGGGGAAAUCCACGACCUUAAGGAUAUGCUGGAGGUUAAGGAGCGCAAGAUUAAUGUGCUUCAGAAGAAGAUCGAGAACCUGCAGGAACAGCUGAGGGACAAGGAGAAGCAGAUGAGCAGCCUGAAGGAGAGAGUAAAGUCUUUGCAGGCUGACACUUCCAAUACUGACACUGCUCUCACAACACUGGAGGAGUCUCUUGCAGAAAAGGAGCGGAUCAUCGAGCGUCUAAAAGAGCAGAGAGAUAGAGACGACCGGGAGAAGACGGAGGAGCUUGAAUGUACCAAAAAGGAGCUGAAAGAGUUAAAGGAAAGGCUGAGCUUACUGCAGGGAGACCUGUCAGACAGAGAGACCUCUCUGUUGGACCUAAAGGAGCACGCAUCCUCCCUGGCCUCCUCAGGGCUGAAGAAAGACUCCAGACUCAAGAGUUUUGAGAUUGCCUUGGAACAGAAGAAGGAAGAGUGCCUCAAACUGGAGAAUCAACUCAAGAGAGCUCAGAAUGCAGCAUUGGAAGCUCAAGCCAACACCGAGCUGGCUGAGCGCAUUAGGAACCUCGAACAGGAAGUGGCCCGCCACAGAGAGGAUUCUGGGAAAGCUCAAGCUGAAGUGGACCGCCUCCUGGAGAUACUUAGAGAAAUGGAGAAUGAGAAAAAUGACAAAGACAAAAAGAUCAGUGAGCUGGAGAGUUUGGCCUCAAGGCAAAUGAAGGAUCAGUCGAAGAAGGUGGCAUCACUGAAGCACAAAGAGCAGGUGGAGAAGAGCAGGAAUGCUCGACUUAUGGAGGAAGCCAGGAAGAGGGAAGACAACCUGUCUGAGACCUCCCAGCAGGUGAAGGACACUUUACGCCAAAAGACAGAGCGCAUAGAGGAGCUGGAGGAGGCCUUGAGAGAGAGCGUUCAAAUCACUGCUGAGCGAGAGAUGGUGCUCGCACAAGAGGAGGCUGCCAGGUCACUUCAGGAGAAACAGAAGCACUCACUCAAAGCAAUGCAUGAGUCCAACCUCGCCAACUUUAAGUGGUCUAAGAUGGAGGAGCUGCUGGGGGCCAUGGAGAAGGUGAAGCAGGAGCUUGAGUCCAUGAGGGCUAAGUUGGCCUCCACUCAGCAGUCUCUGUGUGAGAAAGAGGCUCACCUCACAACCCUGAGAGCCGAGCGCAGGAAACACCUGGAGGAGGUGCUGGAGAUGAAGCAGGAGGCGCUGUUGGCGGCUAUUAGCGAGAAAGACGCUAACAUUGCACUACUGGAGUUGUCAUCCUCUAAGAAGAAGAAGACCCAGGACGAAGUGGCUCAGCUGAAGCGGGAGAAAGACAGACUGGUGCAGCAGCUCAAGCAGCAGACCCAGAACAGGAUGAAGCUGAUGGCCGACAACUACGAGGAUGACCAUCUGAAGACUGCACCUGACCAAACGAAUCACAAACCCUCUCCAGAUCAGAUGAUACCCCCUCUUCUAGCCCUGUCCCAGAACCGCAGUAAGCUCAAACUUUACAUCGCCCACCUGACAGACCUCUGCCACGAUCGAGACCCCAGCAUCCUCAGCCAGCUCACGCCGCCCGCUCACUACCACCACAGCGACCCUGAAGACUGGGAGGAGGACCUCCAGAAAAUGAGCGCCGAACAGUUGGAGCGGGAGCUGGAGGUGUGUGAGAAGGAGAGCGGAGAGCUGCAGGAAUAUGCCAACUCUGUUCUCCAGCAGAUUGCAGACUACUGCCCUGAUAUCCUGGAGCAGGUCGUCAACGCCCUCGAAGAGUCGUGCUGAAAACUCUGACCUCAGACACAACCCGGCCGAGUCCAGGUCUCCCUACCUCCACCCCCCAAAAAAGUGAAAGGUUCCUGGAGAGAAGAGAAAGUAGGGGGCAUUAUCACAUCUUGCUGGACUCCUCUUCUUCGUGUCCCUCAUUCUACCCUGCAACAAACUGUCAGGACCUCUGGGUGCUUUCCUGUCCCACAUGUUAAUCUGUCAGGCUGGCAAAAUUAAAUUAGGGAUGUUCGUGCUGUUAAAUAUGGCACUUGACACAUGUAACGACAGCCGCCGAUAGAUUUUACGUGCACACCUCAUCAUUGUCAGGCAGACAAUAGCACACUAUCGGUUGUUGCAAAAUAAGUAGCAUUUGCAAACACCCCUAAUUUGAUUUUUGCUUUUUAAAGGAAACUAAAAACUGAACACGGGUGAAUUUGGAGGGGAAAAAAGAAGCAGACUUGCACAUAGUUACGCACAACGGAGAAUACUGCCAACCUUUUUCUCCUUAGACAGCUUUAUUGAUAACAGGAGCACUCGCCUUGAUCUCAGUCUUUAACCCCUUGGAUUUCUCUCACAGAGCUUUCAAGUUGAAGUAGUAAGUUUAUUUGUUGCUCUGGACAGGAAAGCACUUUUUUGGUCUUGGAGAACUGGGGAGCUGCUACAUCUCGAGGGAGCGGAGAGGAGCUGGGCCCAGUGGGUAAACCAUGGAUCCGUCUAAUGGUUUGGUCCUUGAAUAGUAACACUGAAUGCAACAUUAAUAUUCUCGAAAGCCUUGGGUCUGUCCAUGUAGCUUGGAUUAGGAUGUAGGUGUGUUACUGUCAUCGUCUGUGGCUGGGUCAUUAGAGGGGGGGUCAAGGCCUGACCUUUGACAUAAACCAAAGGUCAGAUUUUUGUUAGUAUGUUCUCAACAGAUGAGAGAGAGGAUUUAAAAAGAAAAAAAAGCUUUUUUUUAUUAUUGGUGACAAUUAUUAAGUUUUAGAUGGUUUUGCACACUUGUCCACUUGUUUAUGGGGUAUGCAAUGUUUGUUUUGCGAACGUUUUAGUGGCCUUGGAGCAUGCACAGAGAUAAGUACUGGACCUAACGCAGGGAUAUUUAUUCCUCUGUAAUACUGGUGCUAAGGCAUGAUGUAAGAAAUUACGAUCUGAACAUUCAGUCUUCAUCCAAAGUUCCUUUAGAUGGUACUCAAAGCCCACCUGAUCCUAAGUUUGUUGACUGAAUCGCUGACAAAAACGAGCGAUGCCUCUGCUGUUGUGUUUUUAGAACUCUUCAGGGCUGUGGUUUUUAAUUACUAAGUGCAUCUACAUUUCCAGAAAGGUCACUUUUCAGCAGAUUUUGACUUUUUAGAUAAGUUUGUAAAUAACGUGAUAUUUAACAUGUGCAGUGACUGAAUAAAGGUAACUAGGUGGAAGGUGUCGUGCAUUCUCUUAAAAAAAAAAAUAUAUAUAUAUAUAUAUUGGAAAAGUUAAAGCAGUGCAGUUGUCUUUGUGUCUUAUUUUGUCUGCAGGACAAAAUGUGCGUGCGUAUGCGUGUGUGUGUGUGUGCGCGUGAGACAGUACUGCCACAAUUUGCGGAAAGUCGCGUUCAAUAGAGAUAUAUAAAUAUAACACAUAUAUAAAUAUAUAAAAUGUUUACUGUAUCGAUAUGCAUUGAAUGUUUGCACAGAAUCUUGAAGGGCAAGCUGCUCUGAACAACAUGACUGUCGAGUUAACGUCCUCAGCAGAAACGGAGGAAAGAAGUGUCAAAAAAAAAACUUGUGUCAAAAUAAUGUGUGAACUACAAAUGUUUCAAACCGUGACUGUGUGAUGGGAGAGUACUUUUCUUACUUUUAUUUCUAAUCGUUCACCAGAGGGUGAUGUAAAUGUAUUAUCUGAGAUUCCAGUGUUGUCUUUUCUUAUGUCAAUGGUUUUGGCUGUUUGAUGUCAAAGGCAGAUCGAGCCUGACGGAUAAAAAUACGCCUGGCUCUUCUGCUGUCAUAAGAGAAACACAAUGUUACACAACAGUGUGAAACUGCGCCAGUAUACAUCUGAAAAUGGGUGGAGAUUUUUUUUUUAAACUUUCUAUGUAUGUUGUAAAUUUACUGAUAUAUUUGAGAGGGAUGGUGUACUUAAAAAAACAAAACAAAAACACCCCCUGUUGGAGGAUGUUAGUUGGAUGCUUGUUUUUUUGCUCAGUAAAUUCUCCUUAAUAUCUGUAACUUGUCAUCACUACAGAAAAAGCAUUUUUCAGAAUUCCCCCCUUGCUUUGGCCUGUGUGUCCCUGCCCUUGCCUUAAUGAUUUCGUUUUCUCAACUCCUGUUUGUGGAACACAGAGCUGCUUAAGGGGCUUCUGUCAAAGUUCAUGGUGUCUGUUUUUAUUUUGCAUUUGUAUAACAGAUGUACUGCCUUCUGUUUAUUCAUGUCAAGAAUCAAACUGUGUAAAAAGAAAGCAACAUGUUAGUGAGUUAUUUGGAUUUUGUAUGUAUGUAAAUAAAUAAAUUAUAAGCCUUG